AACUGAAAUUAUCGAUGUUUUCAUUAAUGUGCUAUGAAAAUUUGUAGACAUCGGACUCUUUUGAAUUAUUUGUUUAAAUCAGAAACGUAUAAAUUUCCACCAAAUAAAUUUCAGUAAUGGCAGCAAAGGUGACAACGGGCCUAACUGGCUUGGCAGUAGCAAGCAAUCCUCAUCACACUCUGGGGGCUCUUUACGGAAAAAUUUUACGAGCUCUUUCUAAAAUGCCUCAAGAUGCUUCUUAUCGAAAAUAUACUGAAAAAGUGGUUCAAAAUAGACUCAAAGCUGUCGACACGCACAAGGACGUAACUGCUUUGGAAAAAGAGAUUGCAAGCGGUCAAGUGGAGGAAUUGAUAGUGCAAGCGGAAAAUGAACUUAUUUUAGCACGAAAAAUGCUAGGUUGGAAGCCUUGGGAAAGUUUAGUGAAGCCACAACCACCAAAACAGUGGAUUUGGCCACCAGCAAAAAUUGUCGAACCUAAAGUGUAAUAUAUAAUUGUAAUAAAUGCAACGGUCCAUAAUACCUGAAUUAAAUAUUUACUUAUAAAUUUCAAAGAGUUAUUGUAGAAUUAUUAUUAUUCAAAAUUUUAAAAUUUAUGAGUGAUAUGUUGAUGCAUUGGUGGCAGGAUCAGUUUUCGUUUAGAAGAGAUUUAAACAAAAACUAAUUAGCCACUCAAUUUUUUGUGCUGUGCUCUAUGUUAUUGUUAUUAAAACAUAUUCAUUUAAAUACAAAUAUAAAUUGGUCAGUAUCCGAAAUAAUCCCAAAAAGUAAACGAGCUCCUGCAUGAAAUGUAUUCUAAAUAAAUAGGCUGUUUUUAUCAGAUGCAUGACACUGUGCAAAAUCGGAUGAUAGUGGCCGUGAAUUAGACCGUUCACCUUUAUUUUGGAAGCGAUAUGUAUAUGCAUAUACAUACAUAUUUACAUACAUACUAGUGCUUGGCAUAUUGCAUAUUUACACAUACAUACCGUAGUUUUUUAUGCAGUUGUCAAUACACUACACAAUUUGCUUUGCCGUUGUUUCAAACAUAACAUACUUGUAUUACAUCUUAGAUUAAAACUCACAAAGCUUUAAGCAUUCUAAGGUAAAGAAAAACAGGUUCUUCCUGGUUAUUUAAAAAAACAACACUUGCUGAGUUUACCGUUGAUCACUGAUAACUGAGGAUUUUAUUUCUUAAACUUUCUUAUUUAUGUAUAAUGAAUAUUUGAUUACUUCACAGUAUUUAAUUUGGUUUACAAUUCUUGGAAAAUUCAUUUGACAAUAUUCAAAUCGCUUAACAAAAUUAUGAUUACUUCACAAUAUUCAAUAGUUCAUUGGUUUUAAUAAUUGUUGUUUAUAAAGCAGUAAAGUUUAAAUAAAGGAAGUUGAAAAAAAUA